AUUAUUCUCUCCAGUCUAUGUACUUGACGUACGUUAUUGAACUAUAGCAAGGCAGUUUAUACAUACCACACGUCUACGGCCUGUCUAUCUUUGAGACAGCUUCUUUUGCACCGGAGAGCGACACUAUUCGAACAACUAUCAUAAGACAAAAUGGAGUACUUACAAGAUAACAUUCUCCCCUCUCUUCGCACCUACUCAAUCCUCCUCUUCCGUAAAACCUUCUCAACCAUCACCUCGCCCAAAGAGGCGGACCAGCUUCUUUCCAACCUCCAACAAGACUAUCUCGAACCAUACCUCAUCAUGCCGCUUGCAAACAUCUUGGACUCUUCGUCAGCCGCAUUCUCAUCCGCAAAUAUUCUAUCGUUCCUCACACUCCUGGUGACGUUUUACAUAUCCCUUCGCGUACUGGAUUAUGCGCGGCGAGUGAUUAUGUUUUGGGUUAUACUCAUAUUGCGAUUGACAUUCUGGGCUGCUGUGAUCAGCAUCGGGGUGUAUGUUUAUAAUGUUGGUGUCGACAAGGCUACGCAGGAUGCGGGUUGGUUUUGGGGUAUUGCGCAGGGAUUUUUGGAGGAUUUGGUAGCUAAUAAUGCUAAUACGGAGUCGACGGCGGGGCGUCAGUAUUAUGGUGGUAGUGGUGGAGGAUCGCGUGGUUAUGGCAUUAAAGGGAGUGCUGGGAGGAGUUCGGGGUAUUGGCAUAAUAGUAACCGACGGGCCUAGAUCCCAUCUGAGUGAAGCUGUUGGAAUUGGAGCUUUGAGAGAAGUGCAUCAAGGGUUUUACAUAUGUGUUCGGUUCAACCGGUUGGCUGA